UCUGUUUUUUUUCUUUUGCAGUAGAAAAAGUAGUUUUCUACAGGAUAAACCCCGGAAAGCAGUUUGUUUUCUGAGACUAUGCAGGAUUAUGACGAUGCCACUGCAUUCCUGGGCCACUGGGGGUGUUUCCAGCAGAGCGUCUUCUUUCUACUCAGUGCCAGCAUCAUACCAAACGGAUUGGCAGCUUUUUCUCUCGUCUUCCUGACUGACAUUCCCGGUCACCACUGCCUGGUUCCUGCGGUUAACUUGACCCAAGAUUGGUACGAAGCUAUCAUCCCAGUACAGGUGGUGAAUGGGAAACAGGAGCAGAGCAGAUGCAGCAGAUACCGGCUGGAUGUGGUCAGAAAUCUCUCUGCUCAGGGUUUUAUUCCUGGCAGGGAUGUAAACCUCACUGACCUGCAGCAGGAGGGUUGUGUGGAUGGAUGGAGCUACAGCAAAGACCUCUACCAAUCUACCAUCGUGUCUGAAUUUGACUUGGUGUGCGGUGAGCAGUGGAAGCAGCCGUUCACAUCCACAGUGUACUUCCUUGGAGUUUUAGCUGGAUCCUUCAUUUCAGGACAGCUGUCAGACAGAUUUGGAAGAAAACCUGUUCUGUUUGCAACCAUGGCAAUUCAAACGGUUUUUAGUUUUGUUGAAAUCUUCUCACCAUCUUGGAUAGUGUUAUCCAUCCUCAUUUUCAUCAGCGGUUUGGGACAAAUCUCCAACUAUGUAUCUGCUUUUGUACUCGGCACUGAAAUCUUGGCUGGCAAUGUGCGUGUCCUGUUCUCAUCUCUCGGUGUAUGUAUGGGCUUUGCCUUGGGCUACAUGAUGCUGCCUCUUUUUGCUUACUUUUUAAGGGACUGGAAAUCCCUCCUGCUGGCUUUGUCUGCGCCUGGCCUUCUGUACCUGCCUGCCUGGUGGCUCAUCCCAGAGUCUCCUCGAUGGCUGCUCGCUCAGGGGAGAGUGGAAGAAGCCGAGGCCAUAUUGAGAAAUGCUGCUAAGAAGAACAAAGUCGAGGCUCCGCAGGUCAUCUUUGAGGAUUACAAUCAUGCAGAACCAGAGACGGCAGCCAAGGCUGACAAGACACAAGCUCAGGAGCAUUACAAUGUUUUCCACCUGCUGAGCACCAGCAACAUCAGAAACACAACUGUCACUCUGAGCCUGGUGUGGUUCACUCUUAGUACUGGCUACUUUGGUCUGUCCCUCAACACAUCCCGACUUCAUGCUAACCCUUAUAUCAGCUGUUUCGUCUCAGCAGCUGUAGAGGUACCAGCAUAUGUUACCAGCUGGCUGGCUCUGCGAAACCUUCCACGCCAACUUUCCGUCAUUUGCAUUUUGCUCCUUGGAGGAGUGUCACUGUAUCUCAUUCAACUGGUGCCAGAAGGUUUAUCAUAUUUGUCUAUUGCCCUGGAGAUGCUGGGUAAAUAUGGUCUUACUACUGGUACAGCCCUGGUAUAUGUCUACACAGCUGAGCUUUACCCAACAGUGCUCAGGAACACAGCAACUGGAGUAUGUGCUACUCUGUCGAGAGUGGGAAGCUGUAUUGCACCUUUUUUGUUUCAGCUGAGUGUGUACUUUAAGUACCUGCCUCAUAUCAUACUGGGGACUCUGGCUGUUGUGUCUGCUUUUUCCGCUUUCUUCCUACCAGAAAGUUUUGGACGGCCUCUGCCUCAAACUAUUCAGCAGAUGCAUAAGAGAGACGGCAUGAAGUGUCCAUUCAUCCCUAGGAAAGAACAUUCAAAACCUGUGGUGCUUCACGAAAGUCAACUCUGAUUGUUUGGUAUAUUAGAAGAAUCAAAGUAUAAAUUAUUUGUAUUUAAAUAUAUGAUUUUGUGGACAAUUACCUUGUCUGUUUCAUUAAGACAGCAACAUUGACAUAUACAAAGCAUUACAAGAAGUGGUUGUUAGAGGACUGUUACAGUUCACAGGACUUCUACUUGGCAUGUCACUCUGUGUGUGUUAUUUUGAAUUACAAACUGAACAGUGAAAAGUACAUAUUAAAUCUGAAGCAAAAGCUAGAGGUGUAUUAUAAAACACUAAA